UCGCAGUCUUUUCCGUCUUUCCCCUCUGCGCCGCACUGCUCGCGGACUCGCCGCUUACUCGCCGGCGAAUCACCGUCGCCGGACCCCAAGAGUCCAGGAGCUGCCCAAGGUCCGCCCCACAGGGCCGCUGCAAUCACAGUGCCUAGCCGUCCGCUCCUCGCUCUCUGCUCACUCGGCAGCAGCACUGGUCCUGCCCGGCGGCCGGCGGUGUGCUGGUGUGCAGCUACGACAUAAAGGGAGCCGAUCGUAUUUGAGGGACACAUUCUCAGUGCGGCCCAUAUCACCUGCCGUGUUGGAGGGACCCCCUUGUUGGAAGCCCGCAAAGAACAGUUCUGUCUGUGCUCAAGGGUUUCACGCCAAGCAACAGCGGAGCAGAGGAGACAGAAAUACGGCGUACAGCGGAGGUUCUGGUGCGGGUGCGGGGAGAUCUAAGGAGCGGCCGGUGGCGCCUCAGCACCGAUUGCCACCACCAGCAGGGCAAUUGCAUCGCCGCCACCUCCGACUGCUAGCAAGCCAUGAACAAGCGGGCUAAGACGGCACAGCCGGAGGCGCAGACCACCAUCGUGGACUCCUCUGUCUUCCAGUUCAGAGUAGACUACCAGCAAAUCAAGGAGCUUCCUCUCGGCAAGUCCGUCUACUCUGACGUCGUCUCCGCCGGGGGACACCUUUGGAGGAUUGAGUGCUUCCUGCAUGGGGAGAGCGAGGCCAACAAGGGCGAGUAUGUUUCUAUCUUCCUCGACCAUUUGAGCAAAUCCAGAUGCGUCAGGGCCAUCUUGGAGGUCGACAUACUGGGUAGGGAUGGCAAACCAUCUAUGUCAGGCAUGCAAAGGACAUUUGAAACCUUUGGGAUCAAGGGAGACAAAGGCCUCGCCGAUUCUUGGGGGUGGGAUCGGUUCAUCAAGGGAACUAUUUUGGAGGAAGAUUACUUAAUAGGGAGACACGUCACGUUUCUAUGUGCCGUCAUGGUCAUCGAUGACAGUCCUAUUCCCCUGCCGCCUUCAGACAUUGGAACUCAUCUUGGCUGCCUGCUAGAUAACAAUGACGGGACAGAUGUGUCAUUCAUCGUCAAUGAUGAGACAUUCCAUGCUCACCGCGCGGUGCUUGCUGCCCGCUCACCAGUCUUUAGAGCAGAGCUCUUCGGUUCCAUGUCUGAGGCUACAAUGUCAUCCAUCACACUGCACGACAUCACACCUGCAACAUUUAAAGUUAUGCUUCGGUUCAUUUACACGGAUGAAUUGCCUGGAGAAGACAGGCUUGAGGACUCCUCCGCUGAGAUGUUUCAGGAUCUACGCGCUGCGGCCGAUUGGUAUGCAUUGGAUCGUCUGAAGGUUAUUUGUGCCCAGAAGUUAUGGGAGAAAGUGUCUGUAGAUACAGUUGCAACUAUCUUAGGUUGGGCUGAAACCUACAACUGUCAGGAGUUGAAGAACAAGUGCAUUGACUUCUUUGUGGCGGAGGAAAAUUUCAAGGAGGCCAUGUUCACGGAUGGUUAUGCGCUACUGGUUCUGAAAUUCCCAUCGAUUACUGCUGAGCUCAAAAGGAGGGUUAGGGCAUGAUGUAGUGAGAUACAUCUCUGUGUAUAUAGCUCAGGUUUUAGAGCAUAGCUCUAGUAUGGUAUUUUGGAAUUGGUGUAUGGUUCUGGCAUCUUUUAAAAGCUAAUUGGCGCAGCACUAGAUGCACCUGGUAAGCUGGGACCUGAUAAUGUAGUAAGAAUCAUCUUCUUAUGAGUAUUGGGCUUAGUUGCUACCAAGUACUGACAGCGAUAAGUAAGGUGAGUUGGAGGAUGUUAUCAGAUAGUACUCCCUCCGUCCCACAAUAUAAGAUCGUUUUGCAAGCUGUUUUAACUUGCAAAACGAUCCUGUAUCAUGGGACGGAGGGAGUAACUGAGAUGCAAGUUGAGGAUGUCGUGCCAAAUGAGCGGAUCGUUUGUGUUUAUAUUUCUCUGUUCUUUUGACCAUGUCAUGUGCUGAAGCUUUUAAUAUAUUUACUUUUGCUACUCUAGUGCAUAAUAAUCUAGAGCUUGGGCAAUCUGAAUACUUCCGUUGUCAUGGCACAAUUCUGGAUUAUAGUGUUUGCAUAGUUAAGUGUGAAUGUCGGUUCCCAUGUCCAUCUGAUAAUAACUGAAAUUAAACAAGGAAGAGGAUGUUCGGAACAAAAGAACCUGGAAAUUGGUCGUGGGAGGACUAGGACGGAGGUCUGGGUCUGAACAAACUUUCUAAUGAGUUGGUCUGCAUGUUCAAGAUCGAGGGAGUAACAUCAUACGAACGACUCAGUAUGUUUGCAUACAACACAUAAUUUAUACUAUCAGAGAAAAGCCUUUGCGUGAUGCGAGAUAAAAGAUUUUGCUCUUGUAAAAUGUGAAACAGUGGAUACUGGAUUCAAAUUUGCUGUCCUAU